CACCGCCCCCCCUUUCAGGCCAGCUGGCUCUCUUUCUGCCUUCCUUAAAAGGGAACUAAUUGGGGUUUCGCGCUGGUCGCUCGUUGUUUUUUGCUUUUGCCAGAAGUGGGGAGAAAGAAAGAAAGGAAGGAAGGAAAAGAAAGGGGGGAAAAGCAACCCUUCUCCAGGACAGCUCUCUCUCUCUCUCUCCUGUUCCCGUCGGGGCCGAGUUGAUGCUUUGCUGGUGAUCUGGCUCUUCUCUUCCCUUCUCCGAGGCUUUGAGCGAAAAGACAGCUUUUCAAGAUGAGCAUCAAUGGAUCCCAUCCCAGGAUCAACACCUUGGGCAGGAUGGUCCGAGCGGAGUCCGGUCCGGAUAUGCGCUACGACGUGAACUCCCAUAUGAUGGUGGGAGGCGUCGGCGGCAGCAACCAUUCUCAUAAACAAAUGUAUUACGUCCAGAAAAGCUACGUGGGGGACUCGGAAGGAUAUACUCAAAAUGGAAUUGCUACCAUGUCCCGCCGUCAGAACACCAUUCAAGACCUUAUGCAAAGCUGCUCGGAUUGUCUCAUGCGCGCUGAACUCAUAGUGCAACCUAUGCGUGCCCUCUACAAGGCUAUCAGUGUCCCUCGUGUCCGAAGGGCUAGCUCCAAAGGUGGUGGCUACAGCUCUCAGAGUGCAUCAGGUUGGGAUGAAUACACUAGGCGUGUCACCAGUGAAUGUCUGAACUGGAUGAGACAGCAGAAGGUAGUAGUAAAAUGUUGA